AGAAUGACUUGAAACCACCACGCAGCUACCUCAUGAGAGAAUGUAUUCAGAAAAAGAGACCCUUUCCAAACGUAACUACAUCUCUGUAGACCACGCUGUAGAACAUGCCGGGUUCGGUCUGGCCCAGAUCAAAUACAUGCUGGCAGCAUGUGUGGUCUUCUUCACCGAAGUACAGUUUAUCCAUCUGGGCAGUUUAACCCUGCCCAGCAUCAGCUGUGAGUGGAAUUUGGAGAAGUGGCAGAUUCUCAUCCUGCUAAUAAGUGCAUCAGUUACCAGGACUAUUGGCAGUUUUGUGGGCGGGUCUCUCUCAGAUAAAUACGGUCGAAAAAACAACGUUCUGAUAGGGUUGUUCUGCAUGAUCGUGUUUGGGCUUGCAGCGGUGCUCCAGACUAACUUUUACAUAUUUCUAACAUUCCGCGCCUCCUCCUUCUUCUUCCUGCACUGUAUCACCCCCUCAGCUCUGUGCAUUGUACUGGAGAUAAGCCCCCGGAGGAUGCGCUUCCUUGCUAAGAUGGUACUGGCAGUAGCUGGACAGUUGGGAGCAACAUGUUCCUCUCUGCUGGCUAUGUACUAUCUUAACUCACUGGGGUGGAGGGACUUGUCCUUCUAUAUGAUCAUGCCUUGUUUCCUUCCUCUUCUUAUCUUCUUCUUCCUCUCUGAUUCUCCUCGUUAUCUAUUCCUGUCUGGUGAUUACAAUGGAGGUAGAAAAGCGAUGAAGCAGAUUUACAGGAUGAACGGGAAGCAGGAUGUGAGCCAUUUGAUAAGGAAUGUGAAGGAUCAGGAAAGGGGAAAUGUUAAACAGAUGUUUGCACCAGAGUUUGAGCACACUACUUGGAUGAUUCUGGGAGUCAUUACUGUUAAAAACUUGGUGGUUUCUAUCAUGCAUACUGCCAUGCCUUACAUGCUUCAGGGCGACGUUUGUAGUACAGAUCCAAACAAUAACACUAUGUCGAACGAGAAGGAGAACUGCCGAGGGUUGACCUCCAAAACACUUUACAGCCUAACAAAAGGUCACAUCCUGGGUAUAGUCAUCACAGUGGUCUCCCUCUCCAUGUCUCAGGUGGUAGGGAGGCGACGCUCUUCCAUAACCUGCUAUAUCUUCGCAGCUGGAGCUAUGAUAUCUAAUAUCUGGUGUCAGGGAAAAGAGGCCUUUAUACUUAAAAUCACCACAGCAAGUGCCCUGAUUCACGGUGGGUCUGCUAUCAUAAACCUGUUUAUCCAGGAGAUAUACCCGACCUCGAUCAGAGCCAUGACAACUGGAUUCUUCUUCUCGUUAGGACAUCUCAUCAGUACUGCCUCUCCCUACGUGUCAAUAUAUCUUGUUCUCGGUCAUGAGAUCCAUUUCUUUACUUUUGGGGGACUACUGUUUAUAGUGUGUGCCUUUAUGUUACUCCGUAUUAAGCAUGAGGGUAAGGACGCUCCUUUGCAGGAAACAACCAGAUACAAUACGUUACAGUCUGAUUUGGAUUGGGGUCUUGAGGAACUUGACUACGAUUCUGAUUAACUUUUCUUGGGAUUUUUAAUGAUUUUCUUGAUAUGUGUGUGACAUUUGAUAAUUGUGACUAAUCUUAAAUUGUUUUUGACUUAUCACUACCAGUUUUUUUUAUUAACUAUGCAUUCUUAAAUUUCUACCUAUAUGUGGAAUAGAGCAUGUAAUAGUGUGUACUGUGUAAUCACCAAAACGUGUAACUAUGUAAUUUGUUUGUAGAUAUUUGUAGCAUUUUUUUUUCAUAUGAAUUUGUCGUGGUUUAAUAAAUUUUGAACUGGA